CCGGGGGCGGGGCCCAGCAGGGGCGGGGCCGGCUCAGGCCUGCCCUGGCGCCUGCGCGCGGCGGGGCCGGGGCGGACGCGGGGCCGCGAUGGCGCCGCCGGGCCCGGCGCGUCCGGGGGAGGCUGGAGCUGUCCUGCGCUCCGUCAACACGCGGGAGCUCUCCGAGGUCGUCUUCAACAACCACAGUCCCCGCUACGUGCUGCCCGUCUGGCUGGACUUCGAGGGCCGGCCGCGCUGCUACCCGGUCCUGCAGCCGCGCAGCGGGCGCGUCAUGCGCAGCUACCGGGGGCACCUCUGGCUGUUCCGGGAUGCAGGGACCAAUGACGGGCUGCUCGUCAACCAGCAGGAGCUGUUUGUGGCGGCCCCCAAUGUGACCAAAGCUGACAUCACACUGCCAGUGUUCACCCUGAAGGAGAGAUGUCUGCAGGUUGUGCGCAGUCUGGUCAGCCCAAUGAACUACAGGAAACUGGACAUUGUUCAGUCAUUAUAUGAAGAGCUGGAGGAUCAUCCUGAUAUUUGGAAGGAUCUUCAGCGGCUUUCUCUGCAGAGGAAUGAAGAAUUGAGGAGCAAAAUUGUGGAACAACACAAUUGAGAGUUACUCACUUCAUACUCCUCAGUAGCAAACCACUGAGUCUGAGCUGCGAGAGUCGCCAGGAGACUGAUGCCUUCGUUUAAAGUUUCGAAACAUAAACUCAGUAACUUUGGUGAUAGUCAAAUCCCAAACACUGAACAGCAGCUGGAGGCAUGCCAGUUCUGAUGGGUCAGUUAAUUUCAGUAUUGCAAACUGUAGGGUAACAUCAGGGCAGCUAAAUGGAAAAUAUUCAUACAAAGUAACUUUCAUUGUAUUAGAAAGCAAAUUACACCAAGGAUUAAUUUAGCCCAGACUAAUGGUUUGAAGUGUCAUCGGUUUUGUUUGAGUAAUUUGUUUUGAUGGAAUUUCCCUUUCACAUGUGGGCCACAGAGCAUGGGGGGUUUGUACGUGAGGGUUUGCAGCAGUGCCUGAGGGUCUGACAAACACGACACCAGUGGAAGGAUGAUGUGUGACUGCUUGGAGGUUAUUCUGCCUCCUGCCUUCCCACGUACAAAGCCAUGUCCUAUCCGCUCUAGGUCUGACAUGUUUGUACUGUCAUCAUACCUCGAAUGCCUUAUUUGCCUUUGUCAUAGGAUUCUUGCCUGGCAGAUCUCAGCCACACAGACCAGAUCCUAGUUUUGGGACACCCUUGUCCGCUACAGCCGCUUCCCCAGCAGCCUGUACAGGGUUCAUAGGAGGUAGAUGCUUUAAGUUCUGUCUUUUCCCCUCGCAGUGCUGUAGUCCAGGUCAUAGUAGGAGGCCUUUUCAGGGAGCAGGCAGCGCUUGAGCUGCCUGUGUCUUCUCAGGACCAAUGGGAGCUGUACUGGCUCACACAGCCAGUUCACAAACAGGGCCAUACUAGUGGCAGGCUAGAGAGAUAAUAUUUCUUUGCCUGUAUUCUGUUCCCACAUCUCAGUGGAAUGCGUGAAUGCACACAGAGAGUUCAGAGAGUGCUACAUGAAUUGUCCAUUGAGCAAGAUGUGGUGCAGCUCAGGUUAGAAACAGAUUGGCUGGAGAUUGAUUACAGCAAGUUAUUUCUGUGAAUAUGUUUCCCUCCAGUUGUAUAUUUUGAGAGUAGCUGUGAAACCGAGAAUCUCAAUGUAUUUUAUAAGUAUGGAAUGUCUCCCUAUUUGUAAACUUGUUUUUCUUACAUGUUUGAAGAAAUUGAUCUUUGACAUAAAAUGGAAAUGCA